AUGGCGUGGCAGCAGCAGGAGCAACCGCCGUCGUGUGUUCGAGGCCUUUGUCGGUACAAAACGGGCAAGUGCACCAACGAGCGCGCGAUCAAGACCAACGGCCACCCACACAACUUGUGCAACGUGCAUCGCAUCAAGCAAAAUCUAAACCAGCGCAAAAUGGAUUCCAAGGUGCGCCGCAAGAAAAGCCGCAACAUGGCCACCACGUCGUCGUCGUCGUCAUCGCCACGUCGACCCCUGCCCGACCCCUUCACCCCUCAAAGCCGCUACGCAAUUGAACAAUCGCCUCUGGGCAAUGCAAUGUCGUCGACGUUGAUGCGUCAACCGCUGGUGCAGUACACGCAGCCGCGUCACCACCACGUUCACGAUCAAAAAACGCCUCCUGGUAGCUUCUUGCAUCACCACUCGACGUCCCCCGCCCCUUCCACGUGGCACACCGACCAUGCCAACGACGACAAUAUGAUCACAGUGCCCACGCCCCUCUACCUCAAAGGCCAAGAAAGGGAAGCCUUCCGGUCUCGAGUUCUUCAGAAACUACUUCACAUCUUAUCGGAAGAAGCACAGCCCACGCAGAAGUGCCCGCCGCAAGGUGGUUACCACCACUCGUUCUCGUCGUACUCACAAGACCACCUCUCUCCAACGUACCAGCAGCAUCCGCACCAUGAGCUACCGUAUCGCCGUGACUUGGUGGAACACCAACACUACCACGACCAGCCACAAGCAAGAAGCCCGUCGCCUCCGUAUUUCCAGCGAGACCACAACCCUUGGAUGCAGCAAACGGGUGGCCUAAAAGUCCAUACCAGUCCCUUUGGAGGUCGAUACACGAGUAUGCUUCCUCCCCUGUCGACACUGCACGCUACCCCUGGGGACUUCUAGAUCGUAUACAUAUUGCAUUGACGUUCUCAUGAACAAAUAAUAAUAAAAAAUCUAUUUCAAA